AUGUCAAUGUUGGACCGACUGCGAAUGCGAAGAGCGUCCUUCUCACCAACUCCAUCGACCUCAUCAGCAUCAUCAUCUACCACCUCUUCGCCUGUACCACCAGCUGCAUCGUACUUCCCACCUUCAGGAAGGGUCCCACCAGCAUAUGAGAAUCCAGAUAAGAACGGCGUGAAUUGGCUAUUCGCUUUACCUGAUGAAUUGCUGGAAAGGGUCUUUGUGGGGUUGGAUAGGAUAACGCUCAGUAGAUGUUUUAGAGUUUGUAAAAGACUUAACGAACUUCUAUCAUCCUCCAUCCCCAUCUCACUCACCUACACCUUACAAUGUAAUUCUCUCAGAUUGAAUCCUAAUGCCUUAUUGCCUCAAUCGUCUAAUCCUAAUCAUAUACCACCCUCUAAAGCGGUUCUACUUUCGACGCUGAGAGAGAGAUUAACGAGAUUCAAGAAUUUUCAAGCUCGGUCUUCGAAUUCGAUAAAAUUCCAGGAGAGUGAAGGAAGGUUGUAUGAGUAUCUCGAAGGGGUGCUGUUGAGGAAUGUCCCGCCUGUGCAGUUUAUCGGACCUAGGGAGGCGGGGAGGGAAGUUGCGGUUUAUGAGUUGAGUAAAGGAGAUGAUUGGGAGGAUGUCAAUGUGAAAGAAGAGAAAAAGGAUAAAUCGAAUACUGAAGAACAAGGAGGCGAUGAGGAAGAUGAAGUUGUCGAAGAGUACGAAGAAGAUCAAUUGGUUAAUGAUAUUAGGAAAACACACAAGUUCGAUUUUGACAUGCAGGAUUUCGCGGUUGAUCCUGGACAAGAUCUGUUUGUGGUCGCUGAAGUGAGACAUCCCUCACCCCGAAACUACACUCUCCAUAUUCACCUUUUGACAUUAUCGACCUUCCAACCCCAUCCCAAAGCUGCUCAACCAGUCCUCGAAUGGCCAGGUCCACUGCACGCGAGGAUCGCUUCGCUAGGGUUCCAGAUCUGCGAUGAUGGAUUAUUCGUGUUGAGGAAUAAUAAUAGCGGCGCGAAAGAUCAUCUGGUGGGGUGGCAAUGGACAACAGGGAGAUUGGCUGUUACGCUCAAACCGCCAGCGGUAUCGACCUUCGAAUCGUUCAUCCUACUCACUCCGACCUCUUUCCUCGUCCCAUCAGUCAGAACACGUCUACGGCCCGAUUCCUUGAUCCAAGAUAAUCUGGCCGACGCUCGUGAUUUAGUAUUCACGCAUCAUCUAUACAUAUAUGCUUUCCCACCAUUCUCAUCGACGGCAAAUUGCCCUACCGCCUCUACCACAUCCGAGGGAGCAAACUCGAGUGAACCUGCUCCACCUCACACGCCUACUCAAAUAGCUAUCAUCGACUUACCGGAGUUCGUCAUUGAUUUAGAUGAGAACCUCCCUCCACCAAGAUUAACAAUCAGAACGGAUCCACCCCCUCGACAUACAUUCCCCACCCACCCACCAGAAAAUAUACAGCAGUUUGUCCCCGAUCCUGAAAGUGGGAUUAUCAUCAUUGAAUUUUACUGUCAACCUCUCACUGCCGCUCCUCAUAAUCAUCCACACUUCGUUAUGUUCUCUCUCAAGAAGACUUUCUUGGCGUACUUGCCUGCUCCCACCAGUCCGCUUUUACUUCAGGCGUUUCCUCGGCCUGCACCGGUUGUUCGAUGGGAAUCGAUAGCGCCGAAAGUCAGGUUGAUAGGUCCGGAUGAACCUGAACCUUCCUGGGUGUGUUACGUCUACGGCUCACGAUACGUCGUACCCUACCCGCACGCUUCCGAAUCGUCUACCACGGUCAGACUAUACGAUUUCGAUCCGAUGCGAGUAAGACAGGAAACGUAUUCUAGACGGAACGAAGGCUUCGUUGGGAGUUUACCGACUUCACCGAGAGGUAUAGUACAGAGAUUGAUGUUUGGAUUGUCUACGUCCUCGUCUGCACCCAACACGUCGAGUACACCUCCGACUGCUAGCGCAAACGAAAAGGGGGGUUCGCCAUCUAAGCGGAAGUCAUUAGAUGGAAGUCAGACUCAGAAAUAUGAUGGGGAUAGGGAUGGUAUCGUUCUGGUCUCUGAGGAGACAGUCUUAAAGAAGAAAUUACCAUUGAAAUAUGAGAUUAAGACUGGUAGGGAAUUACCGUUCACAUAUUCGGAAAAGAGGUAUGUGAAUAGGGAGAUUGAUACGGUUGUUAUGGAUGGGGAGAGAUUGGUCUUGUUUGAUUAUACCGAUGAUAAAGAAUUUAUGGAAAUUUUAGAUUUUUAG